CGCGAUCCGGCAAGUGGUUAUGCUGUCCGUUCACGACGCGCAUGUUAGUGAUCGAGGACGCCUCUCCCCCAUGAUUGCUGCCAGUCUUGCACAAUGGCAGAAAACAACACCGACUACGAUCUGUCACAGCCAAUCACAUCGACCUCAGGCCUGAGACAGGGUCUCGCAGGAUAUGGCGAUCCUCACUUCUCUCUCUUUCUGCGCAAGGUCUUCAUCAAAGCUCUAGGAUAUGGCGAAGAUGCACUUUCGAGGCCAAUCAUAGGCAUCAUCAAUACCUAUAGUGGUUUCAACCCUUGUGCGUCGACUCCCACCCCGAUCGAGGAGCGAGCACAUGUUGAAUCUCAGCAUAGGCCAUGGCAAUACUCCCCAACUCAUCGAGGCUGCCAAAAGAGGCGUUCAGUUGGCAGGAGGAUUGGCGAUUGACUUCCCAACCAUCAGUGUUGCUGAAAGCUUCUCGGCACCUACCAGCAUGUUUCUGCGUAACCUGAUGAGCAUGGACACCGAGGAGAUGAUUCGAGCACAACCUGUGGAUGCUUGUAUCAUGAUAGGAGGAUGUGACAAGACUGUUCCUGCGCAGAUCAUGGGUGGCAUUUCCGCCAACAAGCCAGUCUUGCCCCUGAUCACAGGUCCCAUGUCAACUGGUAGCUACCAGGGUAAACGUAUAGGUGCUUGCACAGACUGUCGCAAUAAUUGGGCAUCCUUCCGAGCAGGUAAUAUUGAGAUCGAAGAGAUUGCUGACAUCAACGAAGAGUUGGCGCCGACAGUCGGUACUUGUGGUGUUAUGGGGACUGCUAGUACCAUGGCAUGUCUUGCUGCAGCACUUGGUCUGAUGCCUCUCAAAGGCGCAAGUGCACCGGCCGUAUCAGCUGCCCGCCUUCGCAUAGCAGAGGAGACGGGCCGCAACGCGGUCGCUAUGGCAGCAGCCAAAAGGACACCUCAGGUCAUCCUGUCCCGCGAGUCGUUCCUAAACGCACUGAUUGUACUCCAAGCGAUCGGUGGCAGCACGAACGGCAUCGUGCACCUACUCGCCAUCGUCAACAGACACCCCAAACUAGAAGGAGCAGUAACCCUCAAAGACAUCGAUGAAGUAGGCCGAACUACACCACUUCUUAUAGAUCUUAAGCCUAGCGGAGACAACUAUAUGACCGACUUCCACAACGCGGGUGGCAUGCUCGCUUUGCUUCACACUCUACGCCCGCUUCUCCAUCUUUCGGCCUUAACGAUCAGCGGCCAGACUCUUGGUGAAGUACUGGAUGCAACACCAUUCAAGCCUUUCGACUAUUCGACUUCGAUCAUUCGGCCCCUCUCUAAUCCACUGUCAACAUCAUCGAGUCUUGUUGUUCUUUACGGCAACUUAGCACCGCAGGGCAGUGUCAUGAAGGCUUCAGCUUCUAAAGAUCGCUCGCUACUUUCACACUCUGGGCCCGCGGUAGUCUUCCGCAAUGCCGCAGAUCUUGCGCAACGCAUCGACUCGCCAGUCCUUGACGUUACGCCCUCCUCGGUCCUAGUACUGCAGAACAUUGGUCCCCUCGGAUACCCAGGCAUGCCUGAGGCAGGCCUCAUCCCAAUCCCGCGGAAACUGAGUCGCAAAGGUGUAGUUGAUAUGCUGCGCGUCAGUGAUGGGAGAAUGAGCGGUACAGCAGGCGGGACAAUAGUAUUGCAUGUCUCACCCGAGUCUGCUUUGCCGGAGAGUGUGCUUGGAAUCGUCCAGGACGGGGAUCGGAUCACAUGCGAUGUAGAUAAGAGGAUUCUAGAACUCAGCGUUGAAGCCGCUGAGAUCGAGAGAAGGCUGCGAAGAAGGAGGGAAGUUCUGCUCGGAAGCAAUGAUACGCCUCCACAGCCUUCCGUGUUGUCUGAGCGUGCCACUAAGAGGGGCUAUCGUGGAUUGUAUGAGCGAACGGUCAAUCAGGCACAUGAGGGUGCAGACUUUGAUUUCCUCACUGCAAGUGGACCAAAGCCUCCAGCUUGAUGCAUGCUAUGCGGCUGCACGUCGGUCUUAGUCAACGUAUGUUGUGGCACCCAUAUGAGUGGGGCCUUCUCCAAUCAGAAAGGGUGGUGACGAUCUCCGUCACGACCCGCGUCGGCUUACAACACGCAUCGAGUUCCUUCUCCCUUCACCAACAACACUCAAAUGGGUGAUCCAUGGCUCAUCUUUCAAAUGCCUACUUUGAAGCCAAUGGUGCGUGUUACGAAUACAAUAUAACAGUCGUGCUGACCUCAAUACAGGUCCAAGCACUCAUCUUCGCUGCAGUUGCACCAUGGCUAUACGACCGAUAUACCGCUUUCUCCCCCAUGGUGGUC